GUACAUAUUUCCAUGUACUUCCUUGUACUUUCUCAUUCCAUGAACAAUAUGAGAAAUGCUCAACGCGAUACUUCCUCUACGUCUUUAAAUUCGAUCCCAAGUUCUUAUUUUCUUUCUCAAGAACUUGCAAUAGCUUGAUCUAUUAUCUGGAAAAGAAUAAUUGAUCAAUCAGUUCCUAUUACCGGUACCUCCCUUCGCGAAACACGCCGAACAAUUACAAAGCAUCGAGCCGGGUUGGCUCUGAUGUGUUUGGGGGCGAGGGUAGAGGUCGGCGACAACUAACAUAAACCUACUCCAAAGACCAUAAUCAUGGCCACUACUAGUCACCGUCGAGUGGCCAAAGACCCCUUCCGAAUCCACGAAGAUGUCCCCGUUGGCGGGAUCUCAGACGUUAGGAGAACUACUCGGAGUCGAAGCCGAAGCCAAACCCGAAUUCAACGUGCCAACGAAAUAUAUGAAAAUCAUGUCGAUCGCGAUGAGUUAUUGGAAGAGGAUCCUGAAGAUGAAGACGAACAAGAGAACCGAACUGAAGAAGAAGACGGAAAUGAGACCGAUUCCUCCGAAGACACAGACGAUAUCGAUCUGAGUGUCCAGCACGACAUGGAGAAGCUACAAGCUACCUUUCCUAACAUUAAAGACAAAUACCGACUCAUAAAACGAAUUGGCGAAGGAACUUUCUCUACUGUUUAUAAAGCCGAAGACCUCCAAUACCACGAAUACGAGAACGCUUGGGAUAUAGAUGCCGUGGAAAACCAAUGGAGACCUCCACCGCUUAAAGGUGAUUCUCAUUCUCGAACCGAGUCUCACUCUUCCCGAUCCCGCCAAAAACCAAAAUUCGUCGCAAUCAAGAAGAUUUAUGUCACCUCUUCACCCGCCCGAAUCCUCAACGAACUCGAACUUCUCCACGACUUACGAGAUUCCCUUUCAGUAUGUCCUCUUGUUACAGCCUUCCGCCAGGCUGAUCAAGUCCUUGCUAUUCUUCCUUACUUCCGUCACCAAGACUUCCGAAAGUAUUAUCCCCAGAUGAACGUGUACGACAUGCGAGUAUACUUCCGAUCACUCUUCACCGCCUUAGCCGCCGUACACGACAAAGGAAUUAUUCAUCGCGACAUUAAACCCACUAAUUUCCUCUACGAUCCCGAGAAGAAGCGAGGCGUCCUAGUAGACUUUGGUUUGGCAGAACGGGAGGGAUAUGAUACCAAACCGUGUCUUUGCCAUGAAGACCGACAAGUCAGGAAACAAAGAUUACAACAAUCUGUCGCUUUCAACUCAAUUCAAGCCGGCCCGCAACCUGGUUAUCCAGUGAAUGACACCCGACCAUCUCGUCGGGCGAACAGGGCAGGUACUCGUGGAUUUAGAGCUCCCGAGGUGCUGUUCAAGUGUACUGAGCAGACGACCAAGAUUGACAUCUGGUCUGCGGGUGUCAUUCUCCUUACUAUACUCUGCAAACGCUUCCCCUUCUUCAACAGUGCGGACGAUAUCGAGGCUAUGAUAGAGAUUGCUACUAUAUUUGGAUCCAAGCGAAUGAAGCAAGCGGGCCAAUUACAUGGUUGUGUGUUCGAUACCAAUAUUCCCACCAUCGGUGAGAGGGGUUUCAGUUUCGAGAAGAUCAUGCUAUGGAGCACGUGUAGGAGUGACGGCGGCAAAGAUGGGAAACAGAACCAACUCACCGAAGAAGAGAAGGGCGCUAUUGAGUUCUUGUCCAGAUGUAUGGAUUUGGACCCGAUGAGGAGGAUUAGCGCGGAGGAGGCGCUGAAACAUGAAUUCUUACGGGUGGAUCCAGAGGGAGAACCUGAGCCAGAAUUGGAAGACGAUGUGAUGAUGUUAUGAUAACGAUGCAUGGAGUCAUCAUGUCUUAUGGAUAGCUGGCGCUUUGGUGCUUUGGGUGUUGCGACGAGACUCGCAGAUAUGCUAAAUCCACGAUACCUCGAUCUGGGCGGAACGACGCCGUACCCAACUACGCGAAUGAGCACACGAUGCUUUUAGACAGGUCAAAUCCAGAGAACUCGGACAUGGCUCAUCUGAAGAGGCAUCAAGGAUACAUGGUCUAUCUAAGACUAUGAUUCUAUGGUAUAGUGCGACAACAGAAUCACGCACUAUGCAGACUCCCACUUGAUGGGGGAUAAUCGAUAGUAAUACACCCACCCGGAAAGCCUCCUUAAGGGCCUGUAUACUGUGUAUAUACUAUAAUCAAUACAUAAAAGUGCCAAUGAAGCUAUAUUGCUAUCAGUUAUGUGCUAUGGGCUGUUUCAAUUCUGG